AUGUCACUAGUGUACACGUCCAAUGUGGUGGAAAUAAUCAAGGACAACUUUAGAGCGCAGUAUUGGCAAGUCAUUAUUUUAGUCGGAAAAUAUCCCAAUGGAUUUUAUUCCAACUUGAAGACUUUAGGCACUAUAGUGACCAUCAACAACGACGGAGGCGACCACGAAGUUGAAGAUGUCGUUCUCUUCCAACCAAACACUAUCGUCAUUCAAUGUUCGGACGUCACAAGCUUUGAUGUAGCGUUGAAAAAAACUCUUCGAAACCCGUACUGGCACCCCCAUGCGAACAUCAUCAUCUAUCACCAAGGAGACCUAGAAAAAUCCGAGAUUGCAAGAAUAUUUUUCAUCCUAUGGUACCAUAGAGUGCCCAAUGCUAUAAUACUCCAGUACGAUGAGUCGCAAAGUACUUUCCUCAUAUCGAAAUUCACUCCUUAUAACUAUGAGAAUUAUAGAAUGUCGAAUGAGUACGGAUGCUGGACGACCAAGCAGCUCGGCCUGCCCAUCGUUGAUUUGAAGAAGUUUGUUUGCGUCAGCGGCUGCCAUAACGUGACUAUAGAGUCCCCGCUACGAUACAAUAACUUCGGCACAUGUAUAGGGUACAAUACCUACUCGGUAGGGUCAGGCGAUAUUCAGGCUUUACGAGCAAUAGAUGUGUUUGAAGACAAAGGCAGCAACCUACACGGGUUCCCACUGCGGGCCUUCAUAUCCGUAGUGCCGCCGUUUGUGGAAAUGACGCGGAACGCUAACGGCUCGCUGACAUUCGGCAAGCGCGACGGCAAGAUCUGGUCCACGAUGGCGCGGCUGCUGAACUUCACCAUCGACUUCACCCCGAGCCGCGCCACGCUCACGCACACGUUUGAGUUCUCAUUUAUAACCCAGCAGUUGCUCAACUUCUCUCAGAGGAAGUUCGAGUUGAUUUUGUUUCCGAUCUACGUGAUGGACACCGUGAUCAUUGAAGCCGACCUCACGCACCCGUUCAAGCACAGCGGGCUCUGCUUCAUGUCGCGCCGCGCUGACUUUGAGACGCUCCUGUUUGACGCGAAGCUUUUCCUCGACAAUCUGGGCAUAUUCUUGGAGUACUCCGCUUGUUUCCUGGCGCUGUGGCUCGGCUUCCACCUGUUCAGCGUGGCGGAGGGGCGCGGGCCCAGCCUGGACCAAGCUGGCAAAGACCUCAUGAACACCAUAAGAACCGUCCUGUCUACAACUCUGUACAAGCCGUCCCGGAAACGCGCGAUACGAAUCCUUCUGUUUGUCGCCAUUUGGGGAUUUUUCAUUGUCAACUUCGUCACGCAAGCGGCAAUAAUAUCGUUCUUCACAACGUUUAAAAGAGGGAAGGAUUUGGAGACAUUCGAGGAUAUUCUGCAGACGGGCUACAACAUAGAGGGGCUGGCGUCUCCCGACGUAGUGUUGCCGGACGACGAGGAGAGGUUUGUUAAAAUCAACGCGAAAUUCGUGCCGAUAAAGAACACGCUGGAUUGUCUGCGUAAGUUGGACAAUGAGAGCCACAGGUUUUGCCUGAACGAGUGUUCGUGUGCGCGUUAUUUCGAGCGGAACUUGUUGAACGCGCGCGGUCAGCAGUUCCUGCACGUGCUGUCGGACGUCGUACACUCGCGCCACCUCGCCAUGAUGCUGCCCAAGCACUCCGCCAUGACGCGGCACUACAACAGACACAUGGCCAGAAUAGUCGAAGCGGGCCUCGUUGCCAAGUGGGAGGACUAUAGGUACAACGACAUCAAGGAGGAAGCCCCGAUUAAACCGUUGAGUUUUGAAGAUUUGGUCGGUAUAUUCAAAUGCUAUCUAUGCAUGGUUGCGUUGAGCUUCGUGGCCUUCUUAGUAGAAAUAGGUUUAGGUGUGGGACGCUGGUGUAAAAAGAAGACGGGCGCGCUGUAUAAAAAGUGGAAACACACUCGAGACAAGAAACAAGGCAACAUCAAAUGUGUUAAUGCGGCUACACAAACUAAACCGUUUAGGAUUUUUUGA